GUUUUCUUGCUCAUGACCUUACAAAACUCACUUAAGACCAAUCCCUCUUUAUCAAAACUCUCAUCAUCAGACCCCUCUGUAUUUCCCUUUUGAUCCAUCCUCUCUACUUCCCUCUUCCCUCUUCAUGCCUGUUUCGUUUACGCGGUAGAAUUGCUCGAGAUUUCAAGCUAGGAGAAGCAUGACAGCUCCUUGGCUGCGAUGGACCACUACUCUUCAUGCCUGUUUCGUUCACGCAAUCGAAUUGUUCGGUGUCCUUGAAAGAGCAACACCCAAAUCAGUUCUUGAACUUGUUAAAUAUCUCACGUUGGCCCACGUUCUCAUGUCUAUUUGUGUCACUGUGGCCAUGUCUACUCCAGUUUUGACAAUCAAUAGUCCGGACGGGGACCUGAUCGACUGCAUGAAGAUAAACGAUCAACUGGCUCUUCAACACCCGCUCCUGAAACACCACAAAAUCCAGGAAACACCAACUGGUCAUAUGGUACAAAAAGGAGAAAAUUCUGGUUGGCAAGUAUGGCACAGGAGUGGAGCGUGUCCCCGAGGAUCUAUUCCUGUAAGAAGGUCUGAAGACAAAAAUUUUCAGAAGAAUGAGACAGUUACUCCCAAUGCCGCUGCAGAUAGGGCCACUCGUGGACACCAGGCGAGUACCUAA